AUGAAACUUCUCGCAGCAAGUGUCACCAUAACGGCUCUGGUGGGCUUCCUGCCAUCGACUCUCGGUUGGUGGGACAACGGCCACAUGCUCGUCGCGGAGGUGGUCACACAGCUCAUGAACUCGGCCGAUGUCGCCACGAUCGAGAGCAUUCUCAGUCGCUGGAACGAGGACUUCCCCAAUACGGGCGAGAUCACGACCUCCGCCGUGUGGAUGGACCUCGUCAAGUGUACAUCCGUGAGUUCGUACUGCCAGUCUCCUGCUUCGCCCUCCAUCACGAGCAUGAGCGACUGGCACUACAUCGACCUGCCGCUCAACAUCAACGGCGACAAGUGGGAGGACAAGGACGCCGACCUGUCGCUCUUCGACGACACCAUGGGCGGCGACGGCGUGUCCGUCAUCGAGGGCGCCAUGAAGUCCUUCAAGACCACCAAGUCCAAGUGGGCGGCCAACCUCUUCCUGCGCAACUUCAUCCACAUCUUCGGCGACCUUCACCAGCCUCUUCACACAGUGACCGGCAUCAGUGAGGCCUUCCCCGAGGGUGACGGUGGCGGCAACAGCGAGUACUUCGUGGCUCCGUGCGCCUUCAGCAACCUGCACGCAAUCUGGGAUGCUGCCGGCGGCCUGUACAGCUUGAACGACUGGGCUCUCGACAUCGACGACUUCAAGCCGACGCUGCAGAGCAACGCUUCGGAGCUCAUCGCCCUGUUGCCAAACAUCUCGGACAGCCUCAACUUCGCACAGUACGAGAACGUGACGUUCAGCGAGUUCUACGCAGCUAUGGUCACCGACUCAGCUCUGCGCGAGGUGGUGCUGGAGACGUACGCUUACGCCGACUCGGUCGUGUACGGCGGUUUGGACCUGAAUGCUACCAGCUCUGGGGACUACCCCUGUCCUUCGGACGCGUACAUGUCCAUGGCGGAGGCGGCGUAG